AUGUUUGAGGGCAAAGGUACGGGAGCCCAGUGGUCUAAUCUGAUGACACCGGUUAGUGUGGAUGACAACUUCACUCUGGGUCAAGUCUUGGGAAUGCUGCUGCUUGAUUCUGUACUCUAUUCCAUUAUUGGGUGGUAUGUGGAGACUGUUAUGCCAGGAGACUAUGGAGUUCCCCAGCCUUGGUACUUCUGUAUUCUGCCUUCCUAUUGGUGUGGGACUCCCAGAAACGCAGAGGUGAUUGAGAAGGAGGAUGAUGAAGAUCCAGAAAAGGCACUGCGAGGGGAAUACCUGGAAGAAGAACCAUCAGAUCUGAUACCUGGAGUUCGUAUUAAACAUUUAACAAAGGCAUUCCGUGUGAAUGGUAAAAAGCGUGUAGCUGUGUGGGAUCUCACACUUAACAUGUAUGAGGGACAGAUAACUGUGUUACUGGGACACAAUGGAGCAGGAAAGAGCACUACACUGUCCAUGCUGACAGGCCUUUUACCCCCAUCAUCUGGUGAAUGUUACAUUGGUGGAUACGAGAUCUCAAAAGACACCUCUCUCAUCAGGCGUAACUUGGGGCUUUGUCCCCAGCAUGAUGUGCUGUUUCAGGGACUUACUGUGGAGGAACACCUUUAUUUCUAUGCAGCGUUAAAAGGUUGUCCACGCUGGCGUUGUCCAGAGGAGGUGGAAAAGAUCCUGCAAAUCCUUAGGAUUGAAGAGAAACGCUCUGCUUUGAGUACCCAGCUUUCUGGGGGUACAUGCCGCAAGCUCUCCAUAGGCAUUGCCUUAAUAGGAGGAUCCAAGGUUGUGAUGCUGGAUGAACCCACUUCAGGAAUGGACCCAGCAUCUCGCAGGGACACAUGGGAGCUUCUGCGUCAACACAAACAUGACCGCACUCUCCUCCUUACAACGCACUUUAUGGAUGAAGCAGAUCUGCUGGGAGACAGAAUCGCCAUACUUGCCCAGGGGCAGCUGCAGUGCUGUGGAUCUCUCUCUCUUCCUCAAAAGGAAAUAUGGUGCUGGAUACCAUAUGGUGAUGGUGAAGCAGCCAAACUGUCAGGUGGAAGAGAUCACAGAACUUGUUACCAGCUAUGUGCCCAAUGCCAUUCUUGAGAGCAAUGCUGGGGCGGAGUUGUCAUACAUCUUACCCAAGGAGAAUACCAACCAGUUUGAGCAGCUCUUCUCUGAACUUGAGAACCGUAGGGAUGAAUUGGGUAUUGCUAGUUAUGGUGCUUCUGUUACCACCAUGGAAGAAGUGUUUUUAAGAGUGGGAAAACUAGUGGACACCAGUCUGGACAUACAGGCAAUCCAGCUUCCAGCACUCCAGUACCAGCAUGAGCGUCGGACUAAUGACUGGGCAGCAGAGGAGUCUUGUUCCAUGAGUGACUGCACUGAAGACAGCGGAACCCUUAUUACUGAAGACUGCUCCAGCAUCAAACUUAAUGGAGGGACGUACCUCUGGUGUCAGCAGUUUUAUGCUCUCUUCAUGAAGCGUGCUGCCUACAGCUGGAGGAACUGGAAGAUGGUGGUCGGGCAGUUCCUGGUACCAUUGGUAUUCACAACAUUGGCUCUGGUAGUAGCAAAGACAUUCCCUGGACCUCAAGAUUCUCCAGCCCUGGAAAUGAGCUUGGCACCUUAUGGGUACACAGCAGUGCCAUACUCUCUGCCACCCAAUGCUUCUCUCUUGCUACAGAGCUUGGCAGAGAACUUUAAAGAACAGCUUGAUGAACGUUAUGUGAAGCCGCAAGAAGUGAUAGGUGACCUUGAUAACUACCUCCUGAUUAAGGCUUCUGAAGAGGGCGCCCUGUUUGCAGAGCACUGUCUCUGCGCUGCGGAGAUGCAGAGCGUUAAUUCACGUGUCCGCAUCACUGCCCGUUUUAACAACCAGGCCUAUCACGCCGUAGCUGCUGCUCUUGCUUUGGUUGAUAAUGCCCUAUUCAGGCUACUUGCUGGCCCCAACGCCUCACUUUCAGUGACCAACUAUCCCCAGCCACGGAACACUACAGAAACUGCACGGGAUCAGCUGCUUGAGGCCCAGACCGGCUUUGCCAUAGCCAUCAACCUGCUCUAUGGAAUGGCCUCUUUAGCCAGCACAUUUUCUCUGCUUCUUGUUGGAGAAAGAGCUAUAAAGUCAAAACAUGUACAGUUUGUGAGUGGAGCUUCUUCCUUCAGCUAUUGGUUGUCCGCCCUGACCUGGGACCUGCUCAACUUCCUAAUCCCAUGUGCUCUAAUGCUGGUGGUAUUUCAGGCAUUCGGAGUCCGGGCGUACACAGAUGAUCAUCACUUGGUGGAUGUCAUGAUAAUGUUACUGCUCUAUGGCUGGGCUGUCAUUCCCCUUAUGUACUUGUUUAGCUUCCUAUUCACCUCCACUGCAACCGCAUACACCCGACUCACCAUCUUCAACAUUCUGUCUGGCACAGCCACCUUCUUAUCGGUCACUAUCAUGAGCAUUCAAGCCCUUGGCAUGGUAAACCUGUCUCGAAUCCUGGACCUUGUAUUUUUGGUGCUUCCCAAUUAUUGUCUGGGACGAGCAUUUAGUAACUUCUAUCAAAACUAUCACUUCCUGCAAUUCUGCACUUCUUCUAUAGGAACUGAAAUUGUCUGCAAAAUGCUGAAUAUCAGCUAUCAAACAAAUUACUACUCUUUCUAUCAACCGGGAGUGGGUCGUUAUUUGACAUCAAUGACUGUCCAAGGCCUGACCUUUCUGUGUCUCCUCUUCAUUAUCGAGAGUCGAAUCCUCUGCCAGCUUUGGCAGUUAAGACAUCGUUACUGGUCUGCACUCCCAGAAUCUCCAGUCACUCCCCCAGAGGACCGAGAUGUAGCUGAUGAGAGAAAGAAGGUGUUGGAGUCUCCUGUAGAGCAAUCCCUCAGCAGCCCUUUAGUAAUCAGGGAGCUCAGUAAGAUAUAUGGUCGGCGUGACUUCGUCCUUGCUGUUGACCGCAUGUCUUUAGCCAUCAGCAGAGGAGAGUGCUUCGGUUUGCUUGGCUUUAAUGGAGCUGGUAAGACCACCACAUUCCGCAUGCUGACUGGGGACGAAAGUGUCAGCUCGGGGGAUGCAUAUAUUGAUGGACAUAGUAUCCUGAGCAGCAUGAAGAAGGCUCAGCAGCGGAUUGGCUAUUGUCCUCAAUUUGACCCGCUGCUGGAACACAUGACGGGUCGGGAGACUUUGUGUAUGUAUGCUCGUCUGCGCGGUGUCCCCGAGACCUACAUUUCCAGUUGUGUGGAGAACAUGCUGCGUGGUCUGCUCCUGGAGGCUUACGCCAAUAAGCUGGUGCGGACAUACAGUGGUGGAAAUAAGAGGAAGCUCAGUGCUGGCAUUGCUCUGAUUGGAGGUCCACCUGUUAUUUUUAUGGAUGAGCCUUCCACCGGAAUGGACCCCGUAGCGCGGAGGUUGCUGUGGGAUGCUGUGACGAGGACACGGGAAAAUGGGAAAGCUGUGAUCAUCACUUCUCAUAGCAUGGAAGAGUGUGAGGCUCUUUGUACACGGCUCGCCAUUAUGGUGAACGGUCAGUUAAAGUGUCUCGGAAGCCCCCAGCACCUAAAAAGUAAAUUUGGCAGUGGUUACACAUUGCUUGCCAAGACUUCCAGAGGAGAAGAUGACCUUAAAGCCUUCAAAGAAUUUGUAGAGACUGUCUUUCCAGGCAGCCUGUUGAAGCAUGAGCACCAAGGUAUGGUUCAUUAUCACAUAACAAAUCAGAAGCUGAGCUGGGCUCAGGUAUUUGGGAUUCUUGAAAAGGCCAAGGAGAAGUAUGAUCUGGAAGAUUACUGUGUAAGCCAGAUCACACUGGAGCAAGUCUUCCUGAGCUUCAGCCAUUUCCAGCAGCCACCAGAAGUAGGCUUAGUAUAG